AUGGGCCUCCCUGGUGGAGGCGGCGCGGCGCUGCUGCCCGGCGGGGACCGCCGGCUGGUGGAGCCAAUGAUCAAGGAGGCGUUCGACGUCAGCGGCAAGGACUGCGCGGCAUGUGGAUGUGCGACCUGGAGCCCGUGGCGCGGGCAGCAGCAGCAGCAGCAGCAACAGAUGUGCGUCAUCGGCGUGGUGUUGCACCAAUGGGUGACUGUUGCUGUUACGGUUUCCGAGGGCGCCACCUCGGGUAGCCUUGGCGGCGCGAUGGGGGCCCAGAAUGGCCAGGAGCUGCUCCGCCUGCUACGGGGAGAAGGGCAGCCGUGCCAGGACAUCGCACACGACGUGGACGGCAGAGAAGCCGAGCAGUCGGUGGCGCCCGUGGACUGCAGCGCGGUGCACGUGCAGGAAUCGCACGUGAGCAACACUGGUGGCGCGAGGCAAGGACGUGCUGAAGACGCGGCGGCCCAGAGCCAGAUGCAGAUGCAACUGGUGAAGGCCGUGCGUCCCAUCGACAUGGAGCGCAUGAGCGGCGAGGUCGGCGACUGGUGGCUCAUGCAGGGCAAGGACAAGCGCGGGCGGGCCGCUGGGAGGCGGCGCAGGUGCUCGCGGAUCGCACGGCAGAGGCGUGGGCUUCAGCCGAGGCCGUGCGACAAGCGGACGCCGCGCGUGCCGCUGCUGCUGGAGUGGUGCAGCGGCGCUGGCGCGGCUGGCUGGGGCGGAAUGUGGCUGCUGCGGCGCGCGGCGAAGAAGGGCAAGAAGGCCAAGCAGGGCGCGGAGUCGGACGACGCGAUCCUCUGCGAGGCGAUUUGCGUCGCUAAGCGUGAGGCCGCCGAGCUGGCCAGCGCGGCCCUAGUGGAGUCCUUGGAGGCGGAGCUCGUGCCUGUCUUGGACACGAUCAUGGCGAAGCUCGGGGGUCGCGCGGUGUUCGCCGCUCUCGGCAGGCUCCGCGACGGUGCCCAGCAGGCGCUGGGCCAAGGCAGCUCCACGACCCUGGACGAGCAGGAGUGGGGCGCGAGGUUCCUGGACGGCGAGUUCGCCGAGGACAAAGACAAGGCCGCCUGGGUGCAGGUCGUCGCGGACACCGAGGACGCCCUCGGGUCCGACAUCGACGGCUCUGGCUGA